GUGUGUUAUGAAAAUGGAUCACCAUUGUCCAUGGAUCAAUAAUUGUUGUGGCCAUCUGAAUCAUGCAAAAUUCACAUUAUUCUUAAUUUCAGCUGUUUGUGGUUGUUUUCAGUCAUCUGUUCUUCUUUUCUUGGGCCUUUACCGAGCAUUUCGAGUGAACUGGUACUUUUUACAUGGAGACCGUACCAGUAUUGUAUAUUUAUCAUUGUAUCAACUAGCUUUCACUGUCUUCAGUUUUGGUUUGGCUUUAGGUGUGGUACUUGCUGUUGGUGGAUUGUUUUAUGUUCAAAUGAAACAAAUUAUAAGAAAUGAAACAAGUAUUGAAAACUGGAUAGUAAUUAAGGCACUUGGGAGACCCAGACCAGAAAAUUCUCCAUUUAUCUAUCCAUAUAAUGUAGGAUGGUGGAAAAAUAUAAAACAAGUCUUUUGGGACCCUCCAGGUAAUGGAUUAACAGAUUGGCCUCUUGUUGAUGGCUGCCAUCAAUAUACAUUAACGAUUGAACAACUAAUUCAGAAAGAAGACAAACGAGCUCGGAAAAAACACUAUACAAUUGUGAAAAAUUAUUCUGGUUCAUGGUUUCCAAUAUCUAAGGGAAUUAGAACUUGUUGUUCACCUCCAUGCAGUGAUGAACUACGUAUCCCACUAUCGGUAGGGGAUACUGUUUAUGUUACAAGGUGGAGAAAGAGGUGGUUAUAUGGUGAAAAAUGUAUUUCUUCCAAUGGUUCUGGCUGUUUUCCUGUGCUCUGUUCUUGCAGCUUCCUAUGCCAAUGUUCUUCUGAAGGCACCCCUUGUCAGUACUGGUGUCAGUGCUAGUUCUAGGACACAAGAUGCUUAUGGAAACUAUGCUUUCAACUAUGACAUCGUUGACAAACUCGGAGCUUCCAACCAGUACCUCCUAUAAACGAAGCCACGGCACGCCGCACACUACGUCACUAAAGUCGUCCUUAUGUACAGAAAGCAUGGUUGCCACAUGAAACCACUUAUCGCUGUUAUUCCUUUAAGAGGAGAGAAAAUGAAAAGUAGUUUUUUAUUUCCUUGCAUAAGGCUUACUAUAUCGUUUGGUUUUAAAUAUAUAUAUUAUAUGUGUGUGUGUGCAAAUAUAUAUAUUCCGAUUUGA